AUGAACAAGACAAUUAGCUUACCUACUGACCUCAGUGAAUUGUCAUGGGACCAAUCAUUACUAUCUAUUCACGAAAUUGUGAAGGAGGAUAUCAAAGUUGUGCAUCGACCAAAAAAGCCUGGUACAAAAGGGUCUGGUAAGGUACGUCGUCCUUCGAUGAGAGCAGGACUAACCACACCUGUAAGUUCAAAAAAAGUAAAAAGCCGUUCACCAAAAUCGAAGUCUAUGCAAAAACUUACAGAACAGAAACUUGCAGAAACUAUUCAGGUCUGCACCAAGCAGAUAUCCAAUCUUGUGGAAUUUGUUGCUAGGGUUGAUAAAAGUCAUGUGGAUUUAGAAUAUAAAGUUAAUUCACUCAGCGAUAGUCUUUUCUCAAGGCUAGAUGAUGCAUUAGCUAAUCGACUGAAGCAUGAAAUGUCAGUGCUCAGGAAAGCUUACGAUAGCAAAAUAAUGGAAUCUGAGGAGCGUUCAGGGUCGGCUUGGUUCUUUAAUUGA